UGUGGAAGACCCUUGGCCCAUGGAAUCAAGGUCUUCUAUGAGCACAACCAUUAGCCUAGGACUUGAGGUUUAUUAGCAGAGAGAGGAAUAAAAAAAUCUAGGAGAUACUGAAGAUCUUCCUACAGGGAGCCAAGGUGACCGACCCACGGGGUGAAGAGCCAGGGACAGAGCCAAAGAUCAGAAGAGCUGCAAACCAGCCCUGUUUUUGUGCUGCUUUGAGAAGAAUCCACUGACUGUGGUCAGCUGGUGCUUAGCCAAGGUGGCUUGAGGCAGCACUGAGUGUCCUGUGAGUCUCAGUGCCGAGCAGAUCAGCUGAUGGCAACGAGAAACACCUGUGGAAGCCAGGAGCUGAUUUCACUACAAUGAGACACCUCACCCCCACACUACUCAGGAGGUUCUUGGGUCUCUCACUUCAGUGCAUGCCAAGGCGACUGAGUGAAAGAAUAGGUCCUGUCCUCAACCCAAAGCAGUCAUCUGUGAGGCAGAGCUGCAGUGCCAGACCUGGGCUUGUGACUGCCACCGAAGCGGUCAGCUACUGGCAGAAGGUGUUUGAGACAAAUGGGAUCCCUGAAGCACGAGAAUCCAGUGAAUAUAUUGUGUCAUUUGUCCUGGGAGCAAAAACAUUUCAGAGCUUGAGUUCCAAAAGCCUUCACACUCCACUUACAGCAGUGCAGCAGGAGCAGAUCCAGCAGCUGAGCAACAAGCGACUAGAAAGAAUGCCAGUGCAGUAUGUGCUUGGUGAGUGGGACUUUCAGGACCUGACUCUGAAGAUGAGACCCCCAGUAUUUAUUCCUCGGCCAGAAACAGAGGAUCUCAUCUCUUUAGUUGUGGAGGAAGAAUCUCAGAAACGGGAGAAGAAUUCCAGCCUCUGCUUCCCAGUUCCUACCCCUCAUCCUGUGAUCCUGGAGAUUGGCUGUGGCUCUGGAGCAAUUGCUCUGAGUUUGUUGUGCAAGCUGCCACAGAGCCGGGUGAUAGCCAUGGAUAAGGAGAAGGCUGCUGUGAAUCUCACCAGGGAGAAUGCACAUAGGCUGCAACUCCAGGAGAGAAUCCACAUUAUCCACCAUGACAUUUCAUACAGCUCUGCCAAACAGCUGCUACUCUGGGGUCCCUUAGACUUCAUAGUCAGUAACCCCCCAUAUGUGUUCCAUGAGGACAUGGCUUCCUUGGAUGCAGAAAUCCUCUGCUAUGAGGACCUUGAUGCACUGGAUGGGGGAGAUGAUGGAAUGAAAGUCAUCAAAACAAUUCUGGCUCUGGCCCCUUCUCUUCUGAAAGAUUCUGGGAGUGUUUUUCUGGAAGUUGAUCCCAGACACCCAAAUAUGGUGGAGAAAUGGCUACAGGCACACCCCAACUUACUACUCGUCCUCCGUGCCAUUCACAAGGACUUCUGUGGCAAGCCUAGGUUUGUGCACAUCCAAAAAGAAAGCAGGUGACAACUGUACCAGAAGUAACUCAUCUGGCUGUAUGCUGACAGGCACCACUGAACAGCUUGUGGAAAACUGUGUGGCAAAGGAAAUCUCCACUUCAUUGCCCAGUGCACUGAAGUCUCCAUGCAGUGGCAGACCCUCCCCAUUUCCUGAUGCAGACUUCAUCCAGAGGUGCAGAAGUUCAGCAGAGCACGUAGAACUUUUCCACCUUCCUUGGGGAACUGCAUGCAACUUUUCAGUUUGAUGUGCUAGAGUGCCUUGUUAAUCUCAGGACCCAGGAUGGAAGAGUUCACAGCUCCAAACACUUCAUUAAAAAUCCAGCUUCUCACCAUGUCAGAUCACCUAUCUGACCUAAAAAGAAUCUCACUUUUUUCUUAUUUUUGCCCUUGAGAUACAUUUAUACAGCAUGUGACUAGAAUGGAGGAUAGGUCCAAACCCUGGCUUAUAUUGACACAUGGAUUUGCAGGAUAAUGGGACCUAACUAACCUGCACUCUCAAAUUAAUUUCUGUUCCAGGAUGCUGAUGCCCUGGAGCAGAUCUCCAACUCCAAAGCAACCUUUGUUUCCAAGUCCUGCUGAGUGACAUGUCACUGGAAGAUCAGUGCACAUGUUGCACCAUCUGAAUCUACAGCACCUGGCACUUGGUGGAUGCUGCCAGAAACAAUCAAAACAGUGUAAUAAAGAUUUUACUUCAAAUCAG